CGCAGUCCUCCCCGCCGGCUCUCCGCACGGCGCGGUCGCAUCCCGCGGUUUCUCGCGGCUCGUCCGUCCCCUCUGACCCGGCGCCGCCGCUGUUCCAUCCGGGCCCUCGGCGCUACACGGGGAAGAUGGCGGCGCUGCUCCCGGCCGAGUGGAUAAAGAACUGGGAGAAAGGCGGCAAGAAUGAGUUUGUGCAGUUGUGUCGUGCUCUCAGUGAAAACAAAAACCAUGAUGUGGGUUUCAGAGAUAUUCAGCAGGCUUUGUAUGAGCUUGCUUACCACGUUGUUAGAGGAAACUUAAAGCAUGAUCAAGCUUCUAAUGUUCUUGGUGAUGUCAUAGAAUUCCGAGAAGACAUGCCUUCUAUCCUAGCUGAUGUAUUCUGCAUAUUAGAUAUUGAAACAAGUUGUUUAGAAGAAAAAAAUAAGAGGGAUCAUUUUACUCAACUGGUAUUGGCCUGUUUGUAUCUUGUAUCUGACACUGUCCUAAAGGAGCGUUUAGAUCCAGAGACGCUGGAGUCAUUGGGACUCAUCAAGCAGUCUCAACAGUUCAAUCAAAAAUCUGUUAAAAUAAAGACAAAACUAUUUUAUAAGCAACAGAAGUUUAAUUUGCUGAGAGAGGAGAAUGAAGGUUAUGCAAAGCUCAUUGCAGAGCUGGGUCAAGACUUAUCCGGAAAUAUCACUAGUGAUUUAAUCCUUGAAAAUAUCAAAUCUUUAAUAGGAUGUUUCAAUCUUGAUCCUAACAGAGUUUUGGAUAUCAUCCUAGAAGUCUAUGAGUGCAGGCCUGAGUAUGAUGAUUUCUUUGUGCCACUCAUAGAGUCUUACAUGUACAUGUGUGAACCUCAAACUCUAUGCCAUAUCCUUGGGUUCAAAUUCAAGUUUUAUCAGGAUCCAAGUGGUGAGACCCCUUCCUCCUUAUACAGAGUUGCUGCUGUCCUUUUGCAACAUAAUCUUAUAGAUUUGGAAGAUCUUUAUGUUCAUCUUCUACCAGGGGAUAAUGCCAUCAUUGAGGAGCACAAGCGAGAGAUAGUGGAAGCUAAACAAAUUGUCAGAAAACUUACAAUGGUUGUCUUAUCAUCUGAAAAGACUGAGGAAAAGGAGAAAGAAAAGGAAAAAGAGGAGGAGAAAACUGAAAAGCCUCCUGAUAAUCAAAAACUUGGCUUAUUGGAAGCCUUAUUAAAAAUUGGUGAUUGGCACCAUGCACAAAGUAUUAUGGAUCAGAUGCCUCCGUUUUACUCUACUUCACACAAGCCGAUUGCAAUUGCACUUUGCCAGCUUGUCCAUGUGACAAUUGAGCCUCUGUACCGCAGAGUUGGUGUACCUAAAGGAGCUAAAGGGUCACCUGUUUCCUCUUUGCCGAACAAGAGAGCACCAAAACAAGCAGAGAGCUUUGAGGAAUUGAGAAAGGAAGUGUUCAACAUGCUUUGUUACCUUGGUCCUCAUCUGUCCCACGAUCCCAUUUUAUUUGCAAAAGUAGUGCGCCUUGGAAAAGCAUUUAUGAAAGAGGCUGGAACUGUGAAGAAAUUCGUCAGUGACAGAGUGGUUAAGUUUCAGUCUGAUGGAAGCAAACAAGAAGAUAAAGAGAAAAUGGAGACUCUGUUCAGCUGUUUGUUGAGUAUUACUGAUCAAGUCUUGCUUCCAUCUCUUUCCUUGAUGGACUGCAAUGCAUGCAUGUCUGAGGAAUUAUGGGGAAUGUUCAAAACCUUUCCGUACCAGUACCGGUACCGUCUCUAUGGGCAAUGGAAGAAUGAAACAUAUAAUAGUCACCCACUUCUUGUGAAAGUUAAAGCUCAAACCAUAGACCGAGCCAAAUACAUUAUGAAGCGCUUAACUAAGGAAAAUGUGAAACCCUCUGGAAGACAAAUUGGGAAGCUCAGCCACAGCAAUCCUACAAUUUUAUUUGAUUAUAUUUUAUCGCAAAUACAAAAAUAUGAUAACUUGAUAACUCCGGUUGUUGAUUCGCUGAAAUACCUCACUUCCCUGAACUAUGAUGUCUUGGCAUAUUGUAUCAUUGAAGCACUGGCAAACCCUGAGAAGGAGAGAAUGAAGCAUGAUGACACUACAAUCUCAAGCUGGCUGCAGAGUCUGGCAAGCUUUUGUGGUGCCAUUUUCCGAAAAUACCCAAUUGAACUUGCAGGCCUUCUGCAGUAUGUGGCCAACCAGCUGAAAGCUGGCAAAAGCUUUGAUUUGCUUAUUUUAAAAGAGGUAGUGCAGAAAAUGGCGGGGAUAGAAAUUACGGAAGAAAUGACGAUGGAACAAUUGGAAGCCAUGACUGGUGGAGAACAACUGAAAGCUGAGGGUGGAUACUUUGGUCAAAUCAGGAAUACAAAGAAGUCAUCGCAGAGAUUAAAAGAUGCUUUAUUGGACCAUGAUCUUGCCCUCCCACUGUGCCUGCUUAUGGCUCAACAGAGAAAUGGUGUUGUCUUUCAAGAAGGAGGGGAAAAACAUCUGAAGCUGGUGGGAAAACUGUAUGAUCAGUGCCAUGACACCUUGGUACAAUUUGGUGGGUUUUUAGCAUCCAAUCUAAGCACAGAGGAUUACAUUAAGCGAGUGCCUUCUAUUGAUGUUCUUUGUAAUGAGUUUCACACACCUCACGAUGCUGCAUUUUUCCUCUCAAGACCCAUGUAUGCACACCACAUUUCAUCAAAGUAUGAUGAGCUAAAGAAAGCUGAGAAGGGAAAUAAACAGCAGCACAAAGUUCACAAAUACAUUACAUCAUGUGAGCUGGUGAUGGCUCCUGUUCACGAAGCUGUGAUUUCUCUGCACCUCCCUAAAGUAUGGGAUGACAUCAGCCCUCAGUUUUACGCUACAUUCUGGUCUCUAACAAUGUAUGACCUUGCCGUGCCACACAGCAGCUAUGACAGAGAAGUCAAUAAACUUAAAGUCCAGAUGAAAGCCAUAGAUGACAAUCAGGAAAUGCCUCCAAAUAAAAAGAAAAAAGAAAAAGAACGUUGCACAGCUUUGCAGGACAAGCUCCUUGAAGAGGAGAAGAAGCAGUUGGAGCAUGUGCAGAGGGUUCUGCAGAGACUGAAACUAGAGAAAGAUAACUGGCUUCUGGCAAAAUCUACCAAAAAUGAGACUAUCACCAAAUUUUUACAGUUGUGUAUAUUUCCUCGAUGCAUUUUUUCGGCAAUUGAUGCAGUUUACUGUGCUCACUUUGUUGAACUGGUGCAUCAGCAGAAAACACCCAAUUUCUCCACACUUCUCUGCUAUGACCGAGUUUUCUCUGAUAUUAUAUAUACAGUUGCAAGUUGCACGGAAAAUGAAGCCAGUAGAUACGGCAGGUUUUUAUGCUGUAUGCUGGAGACCGUGACCAGAUGGCACAGUGACAGAGUCAUAUAUGAAAAGGAAUGUGGCAACUAUCCAGGCUUCCUAACUAUAUUACGAGCAACUGGAUUUGAUGGUGGAAAUAAGGCUGAUCAAUUGGAUUAUGAGAAUUUUAGACACGUGGUACACAAGUGGCACUAUAAAUUAACUAAGGCUUCUGUGCACUGUCUGGAAACAGGUGAAUAUACACAUAUCAGAAACAUCCUGAUUGUGCUGACCAAAAUCCUUCCAUGGUAUCCAAAAGUGCUGAAUCUGGGUCAAGCCUUGGAAAGAAGAGUACACAAGAUAUGUCAGGAAGAGAAAGAGAAGAGACCUGAUCUAUAUGCAUUGGCUAUGGGCUAUUCUGGACAGUUGAAAAGUAGGAAGCCUUUCAUGAUACCUGAAAAUGAGUUUCACCACAAAGACCCACCUGCCAGGAAUGCUGUACCUGCAACAGUACAAAAUGGGCCAGGUGGUGCUGGGAUGCCUACGUCUCUCGCAAUAAAUACAGUUAGACUGGAAGAGGGCGCUACUGAGGAGACUGCAGAUAAACUAAAGGAGAAGUCUCAGGGUGUGGUGAAAGUUAUUAAUAAAACUGUCAACGCUACACCGAAGGUGACAACAAGCAACGGAAACAGUGCAUCUAAUAGCAAAAUUAUUAAAGAGAAAGAUGAUAAGGAAAAAAGUGGGAAGGAAAAAGAUAAAGAAAAAAAAGACAAGACUCCAGCUGCCACUCCGGAGAUGAAGGCACUUGGGAAAGAUGGGAAAGAUAAACCGAAGGAAGAACGGGCAAACAAAGAUGAGAAAGCAAGAGAGAUCAAGGAGAAAACGCCAAAAUCUGACAAAGAAAAGGAAAAAGUGAAGAAAGAAGAAAAAGCUUCAAAAGAAGAAAAGUCCAAGAUGGUUGUUACCAUCAUUGAGUCAAAGUCAACUGCAGAAAAGGAGAGAGAAAAGGAGCCAUCCAGAGAAAGAGAUCUAGCAAAGGAAAUUAAAUCCAAGGAAAAUGCUAAAGGAGGAGAAAAGGUGCCAGUAGCUGGGUCCUUGAAGUCACCUGUUCCCAGAUCAGAAACAUCAGAAUCUGAAAGGGAACAAAAACGACGCAAAGUUGAUACACAUUCUUCUCCAUCACAUUCCUCAACAGUAAAGGGCACGGCCGUGCUUCCCAAAGUCCCUCUGGUUUCUGAAAACUAUUCCAGCUCACGUAUCAUCUCCGUUCAUUUUCUGCAGGACAACCUCAACGAACUCAAGGACUCUUCAGCAAAGCACUACAUAAACCACACUACUCCAACACUGUCCAAGAGUAAGGAGAGAGAAGUGGAGAAGAAAGAUUUGGACAAGUCAAGGGAAAGAUCCAGAGAGAGAGAGAAGAAAGAUGAAAAGGACAGGAAAGAUCGAAAAAGGGAUCAUUCAAACAGUGACCGAGAGGUACCGCAGGAUUCAACUAAAAGACGCAAAGAGGAAAAUGGCACAACUGGUUCUUCAAAACACAGCAAAAGUGAAAGUCCUUCUGAUUCCCCUCGAUUAAAUGAAAAAGAGAAGGAGAAAAACAAAUCAAAAUCUUCGGGAAAAGACAAAGGUGACUCAAUCAAGGCAGAAAAGAUGGAGAAGAGCUCCUCUGGUAGCAAAAAGGAAUCAAGACAUGAUAAAGAAAAAACAGAGAAGAAAGAAAAACGAGACAGUACUGGGGGGAAAGAAGAAAAGAAACAUCAUAAAUCUUCAGACAAGCAUAGAUAAUGAAGAUUCUUUCAGGCAAGGUGACAUUGAAAUGGGAAGAUAUCCAGCUGUGACCAGAAAUGUAUUUUCCAGAGUAUAGAUUGCACAGAAAAUUGUGAAUGAAGAGGACCCAUCUGCAUCUCCUUAAAUUAUUCAAUUCUCUGCUUUAUUUCCCCAUGCUAAGGACUUAAUUGUUAAGUUGUACAUUACUGUAUUUUUAACUUGUUGCUUAGUUUCUUAUACAUUUAUUUUCAGUACCUGGCUGAAAGUGUUACCUAUUCCAUAUUUUAGCACAAUGUGCUGCAAACAAACAGUUGCCAUAGUGCAAAUGAGGUUUCAUGUGUACAUAGUUCCACUUUAGUUUGUCGAAAAUACUGCCUGAGUUUAGUAAUUCUUUCAAUUUGAAAUUGCAUUCUUUUAGAUGUUUGAAAACCACAAAUAAACAGUUAUUGAACCUUUUUGGAUUUACCUCAUUUAAACUCAGUUUUUAUUUAUUACUUGGCCUGUUUUUAAUAUCGGUAACUAAAAAAAAAAAAAAAGUUAAGUGGGAGCACUGUUUUCAUGCAAUGCUUAGGGAUUAUUUGUAUAUUGUGUAUAACGUUGACUUGUUUAAAAAAAACAAUGAAUGAACCCUGCCCCAUCCCAAUCUAAACCUGUGCUCAGUUGUCCCGUCACACCUUUUGUUUGUCAUGUUGUUUUUAGAUUGAUUGGAAAUGCUCUCUUCAAAACUGAAAUAAAUUAAGUUUCAGUUACAGCUACAGGAGCUUUCUAUUGCUGAACUUUAGUCUGAAAAUUUCACAAUGACAUUUUUAAAAAAAACAAAAAAAUUUUUUAUCUGCUAAAUUCUACCAGUGUAACCUUUUUUCUAAAUAAACGAUAGUUUUCUCAAUGGGUCGUAAA